CAGUCGUAUCGCGUGUACACGAGCUAGGCGGUUUCGCAUUGGUUCCGUGAGGGUGUUUAUUUUUCAUCAAGUGCGUUUUGUAGUCUUAUCGCCUCACGUUUAAAUUACCCAAAAAAUAUUUCCAAUAAGAUUUUGUGGUGUUAUUGAAGUUUGGGAUGCGAGACAAAACGAUACAAAGAGUAGUAAAAUGAAUACGCAAAGAUAACAUUAAUUUUUUAUAUCCAUAAUUAAUUUCAGCAUGAGAAAUCAGUAUGGAUUAUUUCAAUGAAACUUGGUCACCGAACGAAGAAGCUGCUUUGAAAUGCAGGUCUUGGUACGAAUGGGAUGAUCAUUGGAUAAACGGGUGUAAUGCAUCAUCAGAUUCACUGAUAUGUUGGCCUCCCACACCGGCUGGUGUAAUCGUAUAUCAGCCAUGUUUUCGAGAGCUCAGAGGAAUAUUAUAUGAUACAACUAAAAAUGCAAGUCGGAUAUGCUACGAGAACAAUACUUGGGGCCUAACCGAUUUCAACGAGUGCACGAUUCUUGGUGAUCCGAAAGCAGUGACGUACGAUGAAGAAGGCACUGUUGAUAUAAUUAUUUAUUUGUAUAUAGCUGGUCAUUGUUUGUCAUUAAUAAUGACAUCACUGGCCAUUUUUGUAUUCUGGCGAUUUAAAGAACUGAAAUGUUUGCGCAACAAAAUCCAUUCGAAUUUGAUGGCGUCGUACUUAUUAGCAGGCAUCAUGUGGAUACUGAACUACACUAACUUGACCAACACGGGGACAUUUAAAUGUGCUUUGUUGGUGUUACCACUUUACUAUUUCACCAUGACGAAUUAUUUUUGGGCGUUUAUCGAAGGAAUGUAUUUAUUUAUAAUAGUCGUAGAUACAUUUUUCCCAGACAGAGUGCGGUUGCGAACAUAUAUGGCUAUCGGAUGGGGAAUACCAUUGAUCAUUAUACCCACUUGGUGCGUCACAAAACUUUUGGUGCCGACUAAAAAUGACUUAGAUUUGUACAACCAGAUCACAUACGAAAGAUAUUGUCCCUUAAUGGCCUCAUACGUAGACGAUUGGAUAUAUCAGUCACCGAUAGUCAUCGUUUUGCUGAUCAACUCUAUAUUCCUUGUAAAAAUUAUGAGGGUGUUGAUAACAAAAAUAAGGUCCACCAAAUCCGCAGAAACUCACAACUACAAAAAAGCCACCAAAGCUCUUUUAGUGUUGAUACCACUACUGGGCAUUACCUUUUGUUUGGACAUGAUCAAUCCCAGUUCCACGGGAUUACUGGUUAAUAUUUACAAAUUCAGCAAAGUUGUAAUAAUCAGUACUCAGGGGUUCACCGUCUCGUUACUGUAUUGUUUCUUUAACAAUGAAGUUCAAAACACAUUGAAAUACCACAUUACUAGAUGGCAGACAAAGCGGAAAUUCCUCGCUUCGAGAAAAAAAUAUGGCCGGUCCUGGUUGUCGGUAAAACAAAACAAUAUAAUAUGUGAUCAGCUGGACCCAAAGGAACUGAUGCCAUGGAUACCAGCAAACAACGUUAGAUCGUCUUCUUGCAUCAGCAACGGCACGACUACCUCAGCGUUGUCAAACAUGAGACUGCCCCCGGAUACGACUAUCGAAAUACCACCGGAUCCAGAACAACAACAUUUAUCUAAGGAUUCAAAUGAUGAUGGAGCCGAACCGUGAACCAUACUAUAGUCGUUAUGUCGGGUUUAAUUAUAUAAUAUCAUAAAUGCAUAAAAUAUUUAAAUA